CGAUAAUCCUGCAGCAGCAAGAUAUUAUUGGAAAAGGACGAGCUCUAUGGUCCAAUGUCAAGUCGAUGUCUGUACUUCAUCAGAAAUAUCAGAAAUAAAGGCAAUGUUUGAUUCUAGAGUUUAAAAACACAACCCAGAGAAAAAAUUUCUGUAAAAAGUGCGAUUAAAGAAACGAGGAAAAAGUGAAUAUUUUUGAAGUAUAGUAAUCUUCUCCCUCUCAACUCAAAGCGCGUUGCAAUUUCAGCUAGUGUCUGAGUGUCUGUGUGUUUUGCCACUUGCCAGUAGUCAAUUGCGUCGUCUGCAACUAACUAGUCUAUAUACACAACAAAGCAGUUUUACACACGUAUGUGACACAUAAAGUGUGUACGGAUAUUGACGAGUGGCUGAAUGCUUAUAUGAUAAUAAAAAAAGUGAUUUAUUAAUUCUUACGGAAGAUCCUUUAAUUGGGUCAACUUAGACCUCAACCAAAAUUCGCAGAGCUAUGUCGAAAAUCGAAGAGGGGAACGCCCACAUCAGAAACGCUGAAAAGUGUUUGAAGACUUCUUUAAUCAAAUGGAGACCAGAUUUUGAUUCUGCAGCAGACGAAUAUUCUGCAGCAGCUACCUGCUUCAGGGUUGUAAAAAAUCAUGAGCAGUGUAAAGAAUGUCUUAUGCUUGCUGCAAAGUGUUAUAAAGAAAAUAGAUCUUGGUUUCAAGCAGCAAAAUGUUAUGAACAAGUGGUUCUGUGCCUCAGAGAACUUAAUCAAUUAUCAGGUAUACCUAAACUAGCUCACAAUGCUUGUUCACUUUACCAACAACAUGGCUCACCUGAAUCUGGAGCCACUGUUUUGGACAAAUCUGGUAAAAUAAUAGAACAAACUUUACCAGAUCAAGCUCUAGAGUUAUAUAGUAGAGCUGCAGAGAUCGUUUUGGGAGAAGAUAGUCCAAGACAAGCAGCUGAAUACAUGAGUAAAGUAGCGAGACUAUUAGUUAAACUAGGUAAAUAUGAUCAAGCAGCUGAUGCAGUUCGCAGAGAAAUUGGAAUGCACCAACAAAUUGAUCACACACCAUCUGUAGGUAGACUAGCAGUAGUGCUGGUUUUAGUUCAAUUGGCUCGUGGUGAUCAGAUUGCUGCUGAAAAAGCAUUUAAAGAGUUUGGAGGAUACUGUGAAGCUCCAGAGGUGCAAACAUUAGAAAUGUUAUUACAAGCUUAUGAUAGUGAAGAUGCUGAUGCUGCAAGAUCAGCUCUGAAUAGUCCUUUUAUUAAACACAUGGAUAUAGAGUAUGCAAAGCUAGCACGAACUCUUGCAUUGCCACAACAGGAGUAUGCAGUUCCACCAGCUGGUGUAAGAGCAAAUGCUGCCCCAUCAUAUAUUUCACCUAAUGUAAAUAAUACAGCUGGCCCAGCAACAGUUGAAGCUGAAGUUAAUCAAGGAACAUUUUCAUCAUCAAAUAUGAAUUCAACUGAUGUAGCUUCUGCAGCAGAAUCAAACUUUGAUUCAAACCCUGAACCUAGUCAAUCAGCUCCUCCAGAGGGAAAUGAAGAUGAAGAAGAUUAUGAGGGUGGCUUAUGUUGAUCUUGUAACAAUUUUCAAUAUUACAUUGUAAUCAUAGUCCCUAUAGGUGAGUCCAGACAAACCUGCUAUCUAUUGUCUAUAGUUGAUGUGCUACGUUAAUUGACAAGAAAUUAAAAAGUUCAUUCACAACUUAUUUUUAAAAGUUAGUUUUACCUUGCACAUUCAACAUGAAUAUUAUCAAUAAAAUUCCAUAAGUAAAUAAAGUUAAUUCUUAGACUUUUUUAAGUAUUACGCUUCAACCUGAAUCUUAUGAAGACAUUUGAUUCUGUAAAAUCUGUGUAUAAUAGAUUACGAAGAAACACUAUGUGAAAUAUGCUUGUUGAGACAAAAUAACUGCUGGAGAUUGCAGCUUAUUGAGAAUGUUAUGAUAUUGUAAAAAAUAAGCUAUAAAUAAAAUGCAUUUAUUCUUAAAGAUAAUGUAA